CCCAAAAUAACACCUCCUCUUGUUCAGCACCCAAAGUCGAAGGAAAGCUCUGCUCGUGGGCCUUUCAAUGGAGCAAAGUGUUACGUUUGUCACUGUUGUAUAAUAUUACCCACUUCUCCUUCUCCCCCAGCUUUUUUAAACGGAAUUUUCUUGCAUUCAAUGCUGAGGGGAGCCGAAGUAUAGCGUCAAACAUGCGUAAAAAUCAACGCCAUCCAAGCAGGGAACCACCGAGAGAGGAUUUAACGCCGCUCAACUGAGGCCAACCUCGAAUCAUUAUUCUUUUCCCUUUCCCCGUUUUGUCCUUCUCGCUCAAAUAAGGAAACGUAGCUCCGCAGAGAAGCUUCUCGAGGCUUUUCGACGACGACAAGCCAGCAAAGAUUGGAUCCGGAGUCGCGGAACGACGGGAUAACCUGUAGGCAGCAAUGGGUGCGUUCCUGGACAAGCCGAAGACGGAGAAGCACAGCGCCCACGGCGACGGCAACGGCCUUCGCUACGGCCUGAGCUCCAUGCAGGGCUGGCGGGUGGAGAUGGAGGACGCCCACACGGCCGUGGUGGGCCUCCCCCACGGACUCGCCGAUUGGUCCUUCUUCGCGGUCUACGACGGCCACGCCGGCUCCCGCGUGGCCAACUACUGCUCCGGCCACCUGCUGGAGCACAUCUUGUCCGGCGGCGCCGAGUUCAGCUCGGGGCCCGGCUCCGUGGAGGGCGUGAAGGACGGCAUCCGGGCGGGCUUCCUGAAAAUCGACGAGUACAUGCGCGGCUUCUCCGACCUGCGGCAGGGCCUGGACCGCAGCGGCUCCACGGCGGUGUGCGUGCUGCUCAGCCCCGGCCACCUCUACUUCAUUAACUGCGGAGACUCGCGGGCCGUGCUGAGCCGAGACAACGAGGUGGGCUUCUCCACGCAGGACCACAAGCCCUGCAACCCGCGCGAGAAGGAGCGCAUCCAAAAGGCCGGCGGCUCGGUCAUGAUCCAGAGGGUCAACGGCUCUCUGGCCGUUUCUCGGGCCCUGGGGGACUACGACUACAAAUGCGUGGACGGCAAGGGGCCCACGGAGCAGCUGGUGAGCCCCGAGCCCGAGGUGUGCGUGCUGGAGCGGGCGGCCGAGGGCGACGAGUUCGUGGUGCUCGCCUGCGACGGCAUCUGGGACGUCAUGUCCAAUGAGGAGCUGUGCGACUUUGUGCGUUCGCGGCUUCUGGUGUGCGAGGACCUGGAGAAGGUGUGCAACGCCGUGGUGGACACCUGCCUCCACAAAGGGAGCAGAGACAACAUGAGCGUGGUCCUGGUGUGUCUACCCGGCGCUCCCAAAAUCUCAGCGGAGGCCGUCAAGAAAGAGGAAGAGUUGGACAAGUAUCUGGAGGCCCGCGUCGAAGAGCUCCUUGCCAACUGCGGCGAGGCCGGAACGCCCGACCUGGUGUCUGUGCUGAGGAGCAUCGCCACAGAGAACAUCCCCAACCUUCCGCCGGGCGGAGGCCUGGCUAGCAAACGAAGCGUGAUCGAAGCGGUGUACAACAAGCUGAACCCUCACAAAGAAGAAGAAGGGGCUUGUGCGGGGGGAGAGGAGGAGAGUGAGGAGGGAGAAGGCGGCAGCGGGCCGGCGGCUCACCUGCUGGAGGCGCUGCGGCAGUUCCGCCUCCACCACCGGGGGCAGUACCGCGCCGCCCUGGAGGACUCCCUGGCCGCCUACCAGUUGCGCCCCGAAGGAGCGGGCCGGCGCAGGAGGACCGACGGCGGAGGCGACCGCGACGACGACGGCCGGGAGCGAACCGCCUCCCCUCCCUCUCCCCCCUCGCCCCCGCCCUCACCCGCCGCCGCCGAGUCCGACACCUGCCAAGACGCGCUCGCCCCCGAGUCCGAUCCCGCCUUUUGACUCCCGUCUUGACGGACCGCUCCUUUUCUCCUCCUCCUCUUCCUUUCCUCCUCGUCCUCUUCUUUUCCUCCGUCACAUCGUUACUCUCGAUCUUGAGUUUCCGAACAUGUUGGUCUGCUCACGUUCUGCCUCUUUAGUUGACAAGCUGAUGUCAACUUCCUGUUUUGCGCUUACAUCCUCCCCCCCCCCCCUUGCUCGCUUGUCAGCCAGCCAGGCACCCGUUUUGACACUCGACCCGCCGCAGACCAUUUCGUCCCGUGUACUUCCGGGUGGCAAAUUGACAUGGAUUGAUCCAGAUUUUGAAGGAAAUAUGGAAAAAAAGCACAACCUCUGGUUAUGUCUAGUUUUGCAAACCCCAAACUGCAUUUUUGAUGUUUUUUGUUCAGGUUUUUUUUUGUUUUGUUUUGCCAUCUGGAAGUGCCCUGGCACCGAUUGUGAACAAACAUGAAAAGCUUCAUGGCGAGAGUGCCUGCAUAUAAGUGGAGCCUUGGCUUGAGCAUUACUUGCUGGUACCCCCAGGUGCCCCCCCCCCCCCUCUUACGCCCCACACCCAACUCGCACUGGAUGGGACAAAGGGGGGACCUCAGAACUGCUUUCCCAAAUACACUCCACUAUUUUCUUUUCACACUCAGAACACACUCUUGUGUCAGUGUGCGUGCGUGUGUUGGUAUGCAAGGUGAUUCUUUUGUGUGUGUGUGUGUGUGUGUGUGAGAGACUGAGCAGGUGACCAAUGAUUGCUGCUGAGAUUAUCCCUUUUUUUUUUUUUAACUGCAAAUUGUCUCCCGUCUGUGCGUGUAGUUGUGUGUGUGUGUGGGUGGUUGGGUUUCGAGGGUGUCUCGCUGCCGCCACUACCCGCGACAUUUCAAAAUGAGAGUCACCUUGAGGCUUCAAUGUUAGCUAACACUCCAUCCGCGGGAAGUUGAACACAAACACAUCGAGCGUUAAUGAUUGUGAGGUGCACACCGAAUCAGGUCACACACAUGUAUCCAAGGCACUUUGCGUGUGUGUGUGUGCGUGCGUGAGUCCGGUUACACGGGGCCAAAUCAAGUCUCGCGUGGUAAAUAAAAAUGAUUUCAGGUA